CCGGGCAGCACCGGCGGGGCGGGGCGGCAGCGCAAACCGGACGGGAGCGGCGGGGGUCGCGGCCAUUACCCUGGGGUGUGCAUAGUACCACCGAUAGGGGACACUCCUUGGAUUGCAAAGCAUUCCAGGCGCAAUGGCAGAUCCUAUCCGCUGGGCCCGAUACCGUUGGCAACGACUGAUAUCUACAGAGGGCAGAGAAGGUAGCAGACCCAGCAAUUCAAGUAACAAGUGCCAUCAAUCAUCGAAAGCCAUUGGCAAACAUAGGAUAGUAAUACCCUGUUUGGGACAUUUUAAGGAAGAGUAUGAAAAAGUAUCAAAACUGUACAUGAGCAACAAAAUACGGACUACCAAGUAUACGUUAUUGAAUUUUUUACCACGGAAUUUGUUUGAACAAUUUCACAGAGUUGCCAAUUUGUAUUUCCUAUUUCUAGUUGUCCUAAAUUGGGUUCCUCUGGUGGAAGCCUUCCAAAAAGAAAUUACAAUGCUACCACUGGUAGCGGUUCUGACAAUUAUUGCAGUGAAAGAUGGUAUGGAAGAUUACUCCAAGUACAAAAUGGAUAAACAGAUAAACAACUUACUAACCAAAGUAUAUAGCAGGAAAGAGAAGAAAUACAUAGAUGAGUGCUGGAAGAAUGUCAAUGUUGGGGACUUCAUCCGGCUUUCACGUAAUGAAAUCAUUCCUGCUGACAUGGUGCUGUUAUAUUCUAGUGACCUGGAUGGGAUCUGCUACAUUGAAACAGCAAGCCUUGAUGGAGAAACCAAUCUAAAGCAGAGGCAGGUGGUGAGAGGAUAUUCAGAGCAGGUCUCUGAAAUUGAUCCAGAAAAAUUCUCCAGUAGAAUAGAGUGUGAAAGUCCUAACAAUGACCUUGGUCGCUUCCGAGGCUUUGUUGAGCAUUCAAACAAGGAUCGAGUGGGCCUCAGCAAGGAAAACUUACUGCUUCGAGGAUGCACAGUAAGAAACACAGAAGCUGUUGUAGGCAUAGUGGUAUAUGCAGGUCAUGAAACCAAAGCCAUGCUGAAUAACAGUGGGCCUCAUUAUAAGCGCAGUAAAUUGGAAAGAAAAGUGAACACUGAUAUCCUUUGGUGUGUUCUGCUUCUAAUUUUGAUGUGUUUAACUGGUGCAAUAGGCCAUGGAAUUUGGUUAAGUAGGUAUUCGGAAAUACCUUUUUUUACCAUCCCUGAGCCAGAUGGGAAAUUGAUUCCUCCAACAUUAGCAGCAUUCAAUGUGUUCUGGACGAUGAUCAUCUUAUUACAGGUCUUGAUCCCAAUUUCUCUCUAUGUUUCAAUUGAAAUUGUCAAAUUGGGACAAAUUUAUUUAAUACAGAAUGACAUUGAUUUUUACCAUGAGAAAACAGACUCAACAAUUCAGUGUCGAGCACUGAAUAUUGCUGAAGACCUUGGCCAGAUUCAGUAUAUCUUCUCUGACAAGACUGGAACACUCACUGAAAAUAAGAUGGUUUUUCGGAGAUGCAGCAUUGCAGGACAGGAGUAUUGCCAUGAGGAAAAUGCAAAAAGGCUGGAAUCCUAUCAAGAGAUGGAUUCAGAGGAUGAAGAUUCAGCUGAUCAUCAGUAUGGCUCUUCGAUGCAUAUGUCAAAAUGGCAGGGGCACGACUGCAGAGCUGUGAAUGAACCUUUGAACAGAAAGUCUUUGUUGUCUGGUAGUCAUUCUGCAUUAGGAAGGGAAGAUGGAGCAGGUGAUGCUCCCCCUUCAGGACACAUUGCUUUCAGCAGUCCCAUUGAAACAGAUGUUAUACCAGACACACAAUUGUUGAAGAAGUUCAGUCAAAUUUCUUCUCAUUCCUGUGAUCAGUCAGAAGCUAACAGCAAGUUAUCUCUGGAGACAAUGUACAUCACUGACUUCUUUCUUGCUCUGGCAAUCUGUAAUACUGUGGUAGUUUCAGUUCCCAGUCAGCCACGUCAGAAGAUGAGACUGUCUUGUCUGGGUAGGAUGCCUAUUAAAUCACUUGAGGAAAUCCGGCAGAUGUUCCAGAGGUUGUCAGUCCGGAGACUAAGUUCUUCCCCGCUUCCAAGUGUGAAGGAGUCAUCAUCUGAAAGCCCCACUAGUUUUGUGAGCAAACUGUCUGUUUUCAGAAUGAAAAUGGCUUCACCUGCUUUGGAGGAAGCUGCUCAAAGGGCUGAUGAGCUUCAUAAUAUGGAUAGCCCAGAAAAUUCACAAGUGCCUCAAGAAUUAGAUAUGGUGAAUGUAGCUGCUGGCUGUGAAUACAACAGUGCUACGUCAUCUAUUGAAUUGUCUCCCUUACUUAAACUUUGUUAUGAAGCUGAAAGUCCAGAUGAAGCUGCCUUAGUUCAUGCUGCUAGGGCUUAUAGAUGUAUUUUACAGUCUAGGACUCCAGGUCAAGUAACUGUGGACUUUGCAGGUCUGGGAUCUUUAACGUUUCAGCUUUUGCAUAUCCUGCCUUUUGAUUCAGUGCGGAAAAGGAUGUCAGUGGUGGUUCGGCAUCCAGUCUCCAAAAAAGUGAUGGUGUAUACAAAAGGUGCAGACUCAGUCAUGAUGGAUUUAUUGAGAACUGCAUCUGAAGAUAGUAAUAAUUCAGAAAUGGAACAAAAGAAGAUUAAAGAGAGAACUCAGAAGCAUUUGGAUGACUAUGCCAGAAGAGGACUACGCACUCUGUGUAUCGCUAAGAAGGCGAUGAGUGACGCAGAAUAUGCAGAGUGGUUAAAUCACCAUUUUUUAGCAGAAACCAGUAUUGACAAUAGGGAGGAGCUGCUGCUUGAAUCUGCCAUCAGGCUUGAGACCAAACUAACUUUGCUCGGUGCCACCGGCAUUGAAGAUCGCCUGCAGGAGGGUGUUCCGGGCACAAUACAAGCCUUACGGAAAGCAGGAAUAAAAAUAUGGAUGCUGACAGGUGACAAGAGAGAGACAGCUGUCAGCAUUGCCUAUGCUUGUAAACUGCUGGAACCAGAUGACAGAAUCUUCACUCUCAAAGCACAGAAUAAGGAUGCCUGUGCCUUGACGAUGAGCAAAAUUUUAGAAGGCAUCCAGAAGAAUACUUCUAAAAAACACCCCGGUCAGAAACUUGGGAAUGUCUCUGCAACUCUCUCCACCCAAUCUCCAGGGUUCAGUGCAGGCCUUGUUAUUGAUGGAAGGACUUUGGAGCAUGUCCUUCAUGACAGCCUACAGAAUAUUUUCUUGGAACUCACAGAAAAAUGUCGGGCUGUAGUCUGCUGCAGAGCCACGCCACUGCAGAAGAGUGUCCUGGUCAGACUGGUGCGAAGUAAGCUAAAGGCAAUGACAUUAGCUGUAGGUGAUGGUGCCAACGAUGUCAGUAUGAUCCAGGUGGCUGACACUGGUGUGGGAAUAUUGGGCCAAGAAGGCAUGCAGUUGCAGGCUGUGAUGGCAAGUGACUUUGCAGUCUGUCAGUUCAGACACCUCAAGAAGCUGCUGCUUGUCCAUGGUCAUUGGUGUUAUACCAGGCUUACCAACAUGGUGCUUUACUUCUUCUACAAGAAUGUGGCCUAUGUGAACCUCCUGUUCUGGUACCAGUUCUUCUGUGGGUUUUCAGGCACAUCAAUGACUGACUACUGGAUCUUGAUUCUUUUCAAUCUCCUUUUUACGUCGGUGCCACCUAUCAUUUAUGGUGUCUUGGACAAAGAUGUGUCUGCAGAGGUACUUCUCCAACUCCCACAGCUGUACAUGACGAGCCAGAAAUCUUUGGCUUACUUGCCUUCAACAUUCUGGAUAACCUUGCUGGAUGCUUUUUACCAAAGUAUUGUUUGCUUUUUUGUGCCUUAUUUUACGUACUAUGGCUCAGACAUAGAUAUUUUCUCUUUUGGAAACCCUAUAAACACAGCAGCACUCUUCAUAAUACUGUUUCACCUUCUCAUUGAAUGCAGAUCUGUGACUUGGAUACAUACAGUAGUUGUAGUUGGCAGCAUACUGUUUUACUUUGUCUUCACUCUGGCCUUUGGGGCAACCUACAAAACUCACAAUCCAUCAUCAAAUCCUUAUUGGAUUAUGGAACAGCACAUGACAGACCCAGUAUUUUACUUAGUUUGCCUCCUGACUACUUGUGUUGCUCUGCUACCAAGAUAUUUGCUAAGAGUUCUCCAAGGAACAUUGUUUCCAUCUCCGGUCUUGAGAGCCAGGCACCUUGACAGUCUAACCCCAGAGGAGCAAAGGGAAGCAAUUAAGAGAUGGAGAGAUGACUCUGUUGUAAACUGUAGAGUGGAGCUCCAUGCUACUUCUGGGUCUUCUAGCUCAGUCACAAGUGCUGUGUCAGAAGAAGAAAGCAUUGCCAAUGUUUUGCCAACGUCUAAAACACUGUUAUAGGCCUGUUCAAGAGAUGGGUUAGUAGAGGACACCUCCUUCUCACCAGACAUUCAGGAUGAGUCUGGGAACACAAAUGGCUUGAACUCUGAGAAGAUGGAAUUCCUGAAUUCAUCAAAGAAAACUAAUUUAGACUUAUUCGGUGGUAAUAACUCAUGUGCCAAAGUCUCUGUGUGUGAUUCUGAAGGGGGCAGCAGUGCUGUUGCUGCAGCAUAAAUCAGGUUUGAAUUCUUUUGUGUGAAGAAGAUGCUUCAGUGUAUGUUACAAAGUUGGAAUGUUAACUAUUUUAAAACCCAAGAGUAAUAACUGCUGAUUUAUGCUACAUUGUGGUUUUUUCUUCAGCCAAAGGAGAUGAUGCACACACUUCCUUAAAAGCUUUUUUGUUUAUAAAGAUUUUCUGUAAUUUAUUUUGAUGUUCAAGAUCUAAGUGGCUGGGUUGCUUUUUAUAUUUUUCAGUCAAUAGACUUUGCAUACUGCUUAUUUCUUGUAUGCAAGAUUGCACAAUACCUCAUGGUGUUCUGGACAGGAUGUUGAAUAAAUACGGAUUUGCAGGUAGGCCAAUCUGCUGCCUUGCAUUGCUAGCCUAUAAUCCUAGCAUUCCCUGGGACUCACCGCUUUAUGGAUGUAUGAUGUAAGCAGAAGGGCU